CGGCCCCCCGCUGCUGCUGCUGCUGGGGACGCUGCAGCAGCAGCAGCAGCAGCAGCAGAAACGGAGUCGCAAACCCUCGGGGGCCCGCCGCCCUCUUUUAGAAAACCAAAAAAGCAAAAAAAGGAGAAGCAAAGAAAAACAGGAAAAGACUUUUGGCUCGCACUUGCUGCAGCAGGAGAAGAAGCAGCAGCAGACCCCGACGACGACGCUGCAGCAAACGGCAGCAGCAGCAGCAGCAGCAGCAGCAGCAGCAAGGAGCACCACGCGUCAAGGGACAGCAGAGGAACGAAGGAAAAGAACGCGCAGAAGGAGAAGGUGGCGGAGGCCCUUGCUGCUGCAACAAGGGACAAAGAGAGACACCCCAGGAAAAGGACCACCAGCAGCAGCAGCAGCAGCAAAAGCAGCAGCAGCAGCAGCAGCAGCAGGAAACAAGAAGCUAAAAUGAGGCAGCUGGAGGAGGUGCUGGAAGAAGAACUUGGGCUGUAUGGACAGCCCACCGUUGGAGACACCGAGGAGACAACGCAGCAAAGCAGCCGAAGAUGGCCAGCAGCCAAAAGGGCUCUUACCUCAGACGGCGAAGUUAGUGGAGCUCGCGAAACAGAGUAA